ACGUAAGCAUCAUCAAAUGUCAAAAAAAACUGAAAUCUAAAUUUAUAAGUGUGAAUCAAUUAGCAAAAAUGAAUAAUAUAAUCAAAUUACUCUUUAAUUUUAAAUACCGCGAUGUUGGGUUAUUAUGUAAAAGAAACUUGAUGGCCCACAACAUUAAUCACAUCAUGAACAAGAAAAUAAUGGACAGAUACAUGAGACUUCCCUGGCCAUGCAACAAGGUGCUAGCUACAUAUACAUGGAUUGACGGUUCAGGUAUAAAUAUGAGAACUAAGGAUAGAAUUCUUAGCUGCAUGCCAUAUUCUGCUGACGCAGCUCCCGAGUGGGCCUUCGACGGCAGCUCUACCGGACAGGCCACCACCGAGAACUCUGACACCAAGCUGCUGCCCGCAGCAGUCUGUAGAGAUCCAUUCAGAAUGGAGCCACACGUAUUAGUCUUAUGUGAAGUGUAUUUGGGUGAUGGCAAGCCAUCUCCAACUAACCACAGAAAUUUUUGUAACGCUUUAUGUGAAACUCACAGAGAUCAAGACCCCUGGUUUGGAUUAGAGCAAGAAUACGCCAUGUUGGACGUAGAUGGUUGGGGCUUGGGGUGGCCAAAGGGUGGUGGAUUCCCGGCGGUCAAAUACGAGUAUUCAUACUGCGGUGUUGGAGCGAAAUAUAUAGCCGGGAGAGACGUGGUCGAAGCUCAUACUCGUGCAUGCUUGUACUCUGGUCUAGAUUUUGAAGGCACUAACGCUGAAGUUAUGUAUUGCAGUUGGGAAUGGCAAAUAGGCACUACAACUGGCAUAAAAGCACCUGACCAUAUGUGGUUAUCUCGAUAUAUAAUGGCACGCGUAGCGGAAGAAUAUGGUGUUCAAAUCACUUACCAUCCAAAGCCAAUGGGAAUGAAGCAUCCGGGAUCUGGAAUGCAUCACAAUUUCAGUACCAAGAAAAUGCGCACUGCACCCGGAGGUUACAAAUUUAUUGAAGAAUGCAUUAAGAAAUUAGAGAAGAAUCAUAAGAAGCAUAUGGCAAAGUACCAAAUGGUUGAAGCGGCCAACAGAAUGAGAUUGUCGGGUCAGUUUGAAACUGCCCCAUUUGAUGAAUUCCGCUGGGGUAUCGCUGAUCGAAAGUCUUCCAUCAGGCUGCAAAGGCGAAUUAAGGAAAAAGACGCAGGCUUCAUGGAAGACAGGAGACCGUCAGCUGAUUGUGAUCCAUACAUAGUCUGUGGCUUACUCAUGGAUACUUGCUUGGGGAGCGCAUCUGGUGGUAGCAGCGGGGGCGGCAGUGCAUGCCCUCCCAAUCCGUGCAAAAAGUAGUGUACGUUCAAUGCUGCCUGCACCCGUGUUUCUAGUUUGUUGACAAUGUACAUACGAUUAUGCUUUUGAUAUUUUGGCGGUAAGUUUAGCAAAUUAAUUUGUCAGUUGAAAAGAAGCGUGAAUUUUCGUAUGUCGUUCGCUCCUACUUUUGAAAUUAUUUUCCCGCCUUUUUUAGUAACUGUCAAAUUGAUUUAUUAAGCUAACAAACGACAGUGUUGCACCUCGGAAAUUGGAAGUUUUUCACGUAAGCGAAAGCGAGAAAAAGAACCCUGCCUCCCUCACACUUACGAGAAUAAUUCCAAGGUCGCGGUGCAAUGCAGUCGUGUUAGUUACUUUUAUCCCGUAAUUUUUUUUGAUUUUUAAGUUUA